GAGCGGUGAUGGUGCCGUGAAGUGCUGGUGUCCCGGGGCUGCUUCCUGGAAAGUCUGGCUGUGUGGCAGCACACGAGGCCCCUGAGCCAGCAGUGACCGCAGAGAGGGGCGAGGGGGCCGUUCAGAGGGUGCCCCACACCUUCUGCCUCUCCCUGGGGAGCGCUCACCCGUGUCUCAGCAGGCAGGGUGAUGCGAGAAGGAGCCCGGCAUGCCGUACUUGGAUCGACAGAACCGUAUCUGCGGGUUCCUGGACAUCGAAGAAAAUGAGACCUGUGGCAAGUUUCUGCGGAGAUAUUUCAUCCUGGACACCCAGGCCAACUGCCUGCUCUGGUACAUGGACAACCCUCAGAACCUGGCCAUCGGGGCGGGUGCUGUCGGGUCCCUGCAGCUGACCUAUAUCUCCAAGGUGAGCAUUGCCACCCCGAAACAGAAGCCGAAAACUCCGUUCUGCUUUGUCAUCAAUGCCCUGUCCCAGCGCUAUUUCCUACAAGCCAGCGAUCAGAAGGACCUGCAGGACUGGGUGGAGGCACUGAACCGGGCCAGUAAGAUCACGGUGCCAAAGGGUGGCAGCGUCCCGCCGGCCACCGAGAUCGCCAAGCUGCCCGUGGUGCCCCAGGCCCAGGAGAGGAAGCCCCAGGUGGCUUAUAAAACCGAGAUCAUCGGGGGGGUGGUGGUCCACACGCCCAUCUCCAUCAACCAGCAGGGAAUUCCCCUCCCCGUGCUCUCCUGGCUCCCCGGUAACUCUCUGCUCCCGUUGCAGAACGGGGGGGACGGAGGGGAGGGCAGCGACGUGGCUGCCCACCCGCUGCUGCGGCGCUCGCAGAGCUACAUCCCCACCUCGGCCGCCAAGCCCCCCGCCGGGCCACCCGUCCUCAAGAGUGGCUACUGCGUGAAGCAGGGGAACGUGAGGAAGAGCUGGAAGCGCCGGUACUUCGUUCUGGAUGAAUUUUCCAUCAGUUACUACAAGUGUGAGCAGGACAAGGAGCCCUUGCGUUCGAUUCUCCUGAAGGAUGUCUGCAAGACCCACGAGUGCCUGGUCAAGUCUGGUGAUCUCCUGAUGCGGGACAACCUCUUUGAGAUCAUAACGAGCUCCAGAACCUUCUACAUCCAGGCAGACAGCCCUGAGGACAUGCACAGCUGGAUCCGAGCCAUCACAGGGGCAGUCCAGGCCCUGAAAACCCGCCCAAGGGAAAUCUCCUUCAUGAGAUCCUCCUCCCUGGUGAGGCCGGGGGGCUCGGCGGCCCCCUCCCAGCAGAGGCACGGGGAGGAGAGGCGAGCGCUCUGCAAAGCCCCCUCCAGCUCCUCCUGGCAGCCCUGGACGCCGGUGCCAGCGGCGGGGGGCAAGCAGCCGGUGCCGGAGGAGAUGCCCGCGCCGCUGAGGGACUCGCUCUUCCUGCCGGCUUUCCCGGAGCGCGACGCUGGAGCCGCCCCGGGCAAGCGCCUGCGGCACAAGUCAGAGCCGCAGCAUCUCAAGGAGAAGCCCUUCGUCUUCGACCUGGACGAUGAAAGCAUCCGGACCUCCGACGUCUGACCGGCCGCCGAGCCACCCCCCCGAGUUCUGCACGUCACCUCCCCGGCCGCCGGAGUCCCCAUGGGGUCUGGGGUACCCACGGGACAGUUUGGGGGGUGCAAAUGUGCUGGGACAGGUCUCCCCGCCUCCGCUCAGCGCCUCGGACCGGGCUCACCCGUUGUCUCGGUGGGGGUGAAGUGCCCCCUUCCCUCCAUCGCUGCUCUUCCCUGCGAUACAGGCUCUGGUGGGAGCCGUGUCCCGGUGCCUGCUCCUGCCUGUGCUUUGCCCUGGCAGCUCCGUGUCCCCAAAGCCACCCCCGGGCAGGGUGACCUGUGGGCACCUCGUGCUGCCGUCGCACUGGUCCCCGCCACAGCCUGGGCGAGGGGCAUCCUCUGCUGCAACCUCAUCAUUUCCCCCCCAGACCAAGCCUGGGGGAAGCAGCCGGAGGUCUCAGGGGUGAGAAGGGGAAUGUGGCCUUUCUUUUAGUUGGGAAAAACAUUUUUCUCCCCUUCCGUGCUGCUCAGCCUUCCCCGGGCAGAGCUGGGGAGGUGCCAGCCUGCGCAGGGACGCGCUGCAACUUCUGUUUGGAUGACUUUUCUUUUCCCAGGAGACCAGUUCUUUACACUGCCUGACUAAUGGCCUACCAACAGAUCUAUUGGCUUUUAAUUAUGUCUUUUCAUACCCGUGGGCACUGUUAGACCCCGGCGCUGGCAGGUCCCUGCUCAGCCCCUCCAAAAGGCUCACCGGUACGUCCCGCGCGGGAGCCAGGGCCGGUGUGACGGCGGCUCCCGGGGACAGGAGCAUCCUCAGGUACGGUGUGGGCUCUGCACUGGGUACAUCUGGGCACCAGGACGCCGUGCCCGUGUGGUGAAGUGCUUUUAGCAAAAAGCAGCAAAAAUAAAAAACAAAAAGAAGCCAGGAAGACUUGUCCAGCCAACUCGCCUUGAGAUGAAAACAAGCAGAAGUUUUUGGAGCAGUGGGGAUUCAUCAUUUCCAUACCCAAAUCAGCCCCUGGAGGAGGUGUGAUAAACGGCGUGUAGGAAGUUCAGGUGUUCCCUGUGCAGUGAGAUUGCCUGAUGUCUUCCCCAGUGCCCGUCCCCAGCCGCGGUGCCCGAGCGUGCCCUGUGGCAGGAGCAGUGCCCUGGCUGGGCACGGCAGCAGCGGGGCCGGGGCUACCUGGGGCUUUAAAUGCACUUGCCAUGGCCCGGCUGGAGGCCGUGUCCCGGGUCAGACUCGGGCACACUCGUUCCCAUCUCGGCUCUGCUCCAGCUGAUAAAUCCAGGCGACGGGUGCAGGAAUUCCACUGCAAGCUUAGCAGCGCCUGGAGCGGCCGAGUUAAUGAGGCUUCCCUCUAUUAUGGACUCUGUUUGCUGACUUUUGUUCUCUUCUUUUUUUUUUUUUUUUUUUGGCAUUACUCAUUCUCUGCUCUGCAGGAUCAGCUCAGCGUGCUCCCCAGAAGCAAAGAAAAUGGGGUCUGUCCCUUUGUGGAUCUCCAGCUGUUGGCCAGCUGUGCUCCAGCUGUGCUCCAGCCGGGGGUCCCGCGGGGGUCCCUGGGUUUUGCUCCGAGGUGGGGAUCAGCCCCACGGGUCUCAGCAGGGUCAGAACUGCAGCUUCCAGCAGGGAUCCCCUCCCGCGGCGGGGGCUGCUCCCCCGGCCACCCCUGCUGGGGCUGGCAGCUGGGGGAGCCUGGGUGCAGCUUUGGGGGGUG